GUGGUUGAAGAAAAUAUCAAAGGCUCUGAUGCAGAAUUAAUAGCCAAUGCACCUGAUAUCACUCCGGAUGAUGCUGAAGUUCUUAAACAAAUUCCCACCCACUCGUUCACUAAUAAUAUGAUAUUGCAACGACACUAUUUAUGGAGAAUAUAUGCUUCAGGAGAUAUUGGAG